AUGAUGGGGGAUACUGCAUCUUCAUUUACAUCACUGGCAGACAAUCAACUGUAUAACAAAUUUUCCCCUAGUAGAAGAAAAGUUGAGUAUCCUGCUGCGAACAUUUCAUCUUCCUCGCCAAGCUUGCGGAAAUCACCGGGCCGGGCAUUCAGCACAUCUUAUCCCCAUCUUAACCGACCGAUCACAAUAUUCGAUCAGAUUGUGACUUGGUUUCACUCUGAAAUCGAUAAGCGAAAGCGAUUUGCUAGCGUCGUGUGUGGAUAUUUCGUAGCCCUAACAUUUAUCGCCACAGUUUCUAUCUUGAAGCUGUCGAUAUGGUCACCGUUCAGUUCGGUGCACGAUUCCCUAACAUGGUGGAUCUAUCCUAGCUCGUGGCCUUCGAUCGUUUUCAUUUGGGUAUCCUCAGUCGCAUUAGCUUAUGCUCUCAUUCUUCAGUUCUGCAAAGUUACUCAACUACAACGAAUUCCUCUCACGGAUACAUUCGCAUGGGCUGGAGUCGCUCACGAAUUUAUUCAUCGUUUGGUUUUCGUAUACAUGGCUUUCUCCGUAGCUGAGUCGUCGUUGUUUGAAGAUUUUGCGUGGAUUGCCAUUUCAUUCGCCGUCGCCGUGUCAUCUACUCUUGUUAUUUUCAGAUCUGAUUUUCAUUUGAAUUUUUCUAAUGUUCAAGUGAACUCUGUCAAAACUCUUCUCCAAUUCGUGAAAUCUCUUCCGUACGGAUCGGUCUCCGAGACAUGUGGAGUCGAUGCAGCCAUCGCCUACACUGCUUCCAUGGCUCUUGUGUUGAUUGCUGGUCCUCUUCUGUGGGGAUUCUCUGUUUGGUGGCUUCUCGUUGAUAUCCCCUUUCAGAUGGUUUUAUUCGGAGUUUGUUUCACUCAACAAUUUUACUCGAAGUUUUUCAUGAAGAUAGUUAACCAAAUAGUCAUGAAGCCGAUGAAAUUCUCAUUCCCUCCACCAUACACCGUCCACACUCCAACUCAGGAUCAAAUUAGAUCCCUUCCAAAUGUUAUUGAAACUGACGAUCAACUUCUGAGAAUGUUCGCUUUUCAUGAUCUCCGUACAGUAGCAUGGGAAGACGAACAACGUCGGGUCGAUGUGUUUUCUCUCUCACAACCUGGAAAACAUCCACGUAAUUGGAAGGCUGUUUCUUUGCCAUGCAUCCGCACACUUGAUGAACUUUGUUCGAGAAUGACAGUAGCUGCUGCACGUCUUGUUGGAUACUCGUGGGAUGAUCAUGAUGCUGAGAGCGAGGAAGUGCCACGAGAAGCUGUAAUGAUGCCUAGAAAAAUGCGUGAGAUGGCAUACCAUGGAGCCGGACCAAGCCGACAGCAGCAGAACAUUGCACCAAUUCGUACUCACAACACUCAGACAGCAGGAUUUUUCGACAGAAUCAUCCGUAAUCUUGGAUUCGGAAAAACAGAGAGACUUGUUAUUUCUCGUUUCGAUGCUCAAAUGAAUGCAUAUGCUGCUGAAGCUGUUUACAUGCUGGUGGUUGAUUCAAUGGGAGAAGAUCGAUUUGGAGUGGUUCAGAAAGAUUUGAAGGAACUUAUCACUCUUUUAUGCAAGCUUAUUUCUGCCAUCGACACAUACGAAAGAGCGAAAGCUUCGGUCGCUGACAAAUCAGAUGUGACAUUUUUGCGUAUCGUUGAUGCAUCGCUCAAGUCUAGUCUUCAACGCGUCGUCACUACAUUCGGAAGUCAUUUGAGAUCGCUUGAACUGGCUGACGAACACAUUCGUACAAUUCGACUUGUCUGCCUUAAUGAAGAAUUCGAAUGA